AAUGGAUUUAUUUUUCUUUAAUAUUAUUGAUCAAACAAAUGUAUUUAUUAAUCAAUAUCUUUUACUUUUUGUAAAGUGUUACAAACAAAUUUUUGUUUUCUCAACUAAAUUUGAAAAUAAAUAAUCAUUCUUCUUCAUAUCUCGUAUCCGUUCUUUUUGUCUUCCUAUAUGUUUUUGUGAUGGUUACUAGUUAGAUCAUAUAUGUAUUAAUAAUUUAAUUUUGUCCUAGCAGACUUUUGCUACCUACACCUAACCAGUCCUUGCAUAACCACAAUGGCUUUUGUGAUCAGUACUUAUACAAAUACACAUAUAUGCAUAUACAUACGAAAUUCACACAUAAAUAUCCUAAAUUCCAUGUGGGUCUACAUGCAUAUAGUAUACGAACCAUUUGUCUUUUUAUUUCUAAGCAGACCCAUUUGGUCAUUUCUUAACAUUAAGUAUGCUAACUCUAUCUGUCGGCCUUUGGUGAUAUAUAUGUUAUCUCAAUACAGACAUGUAUUCUUCUACUAUAACAGGAUUGAGAAAUGUUGAAGACGAUAGCUGUAGAGAGACCAAAGCAGAGACAGAGGAAAGGGUUCUGGUCACCAGAAGAAGACGAGAAGCUAAGGAGUUUCAUCCUCUCUCAUGGUCAUUCUUGCUGGACGACUGUUCCCAUCAAAGCUGGGUUACAAAGGAAUGGAAAGAGCUGCAGAUUAAGAUGGAUUAAUUAUCUAAGACCAGGGUUAAAGAGGAAUAUGAUUAAUGCAGAAGAAGAAGAGAUCAUAUUGACUUUUCAUUCUUCCUUGGGCAACAAGUGGUCUCGGAUUGCAAAGUUCUUACCGGGGAGGACAGACAAUGAGAUAAAGAACUAUUGGCACUCUCAUCUGAAAAAGAAAUGGCUCAAGUCUCAGAAGUUGCAACAUGCAACAUCUAUGUCCACUUCUUCCGAAUCACUCGUUGCUUGCGGGAGAAGAAACCCGCAAACCUUGAUCUCGAAUCACGUUAUCUCCUUCCAGCCACUUCCAGAGAAGACAUCUUCAUCUCCAUCACAAGAAAGCAAUGACAACAACAACAACUAUUCAUGCUCUUCUGGUCCUGAGAUUGCAAGGCUGUUCUUCUCCGAGUGGUUUACUUCGUCGGAUCCCUACUUUGAUCAUUCCUCUAAUUUGACAGACUCUAACCACAUCCAAACUCCAAAUAUUCAAGGACCUGCCUCAGACUACGAAGAAUCAGGUGAUGUUAAUCAGUUCUAUUACAACGAGAUGGUGAUGAUGAGCAACAGCAACUGGACUCUUAACGACGUCGUUUUUGGCUCGAAGUGACAUAAGCAGGGGCAUAAGAUUGAUAGAGACGACUCAGUCGUCAACAACCAUGUAAAUCCAGUCUCAAACAAUGUAAAUCAAAUUAUAAAUGAAAAAUAUUGGGAAAAUUAUAAUUUACCACAAAUUUGAUACUUUUUUUUUUGACAACAAACAAUGCACAGACUCAUAUUGACUCUGUGAACCAACUUGGAAACUCUGCAUACAUGUGUACGACGAAAGAUAGUUGAUGCCGGGCACUACGUGCUAAGCUGUCCGCCUUUUGGUUCGCCGUCCUUGGUACAUGAACGAUGUCUGAGUUGUGGAAGCUUCUUCUCAAAAGCUUGAUGUCUUCUAAAUAGGUUCCAAAUGCAGGCCAUUCCUCAUGUUCCGAAACCAUCUUCACCAACUGAGAACAAUUUGUUGCAAACGUAACCUGAAAUUGUCUUAAAUUUCUCAUGCAUUCCAUUGCCCAAAUCAAUGCCUCCACCUCAGAGUGAAGAGGUGAUAGACAUGCACGGACAUUUCGUGCCCCUAACAAACCAUCAAAGCCUGGUAAAGUACUAAACCAUCCUUGCCCUGAGAACACAGCUUUAUCUUUCCAAGAACCAUCUAUAAAACACCAUCGUCAUGUAUUCGUUUGGAUGGAACUAUUCUGUGUAACUGGUGCCACUCUCUGAUUCCUUAAAACCUGAGCCUCAGCCCAAAGUGUUGAUUCCAGUUCAGCCAGCUUAAGUGUAUCUCUCGGAUCAACAUCAAUAUUACCAAACACCUUCUUAUUCCGACUUUUCCAAAUAUACCACAAGAUCCAUGCAAACUGAUGGUCAUCUAUCUUUGGAUUAACUCUCCAAAAAAGAUGAUCCAUAUUCACAAAUUUAAUACUAUUUUCUAAAUUUAUGUUUAAAUGAUAACUAUUUUGAUAAAUAUCUCAAAUUUGUGAUGAUAAAAAAACUAAAACAAGUCUCCUAAAUCAUUUAUAAAUAUUUAAGAAUCAUUUAUAAAACAUUUAUAGAAGUUUAAUAGCAAUAUAAAACAUUUAUGAUAUUUCAAACAAAUUUCUCCAAAAAAAUUGAAGGUAAGAUGUAUAAAAGAGUUGCAUUACAAUUUACAACUUAACUAGAGGCUAGAGCUAAUUAAAGUGUCUUAACCAUAGCAGCAGCGGGAAUUCGAGGCAGCAUGCGCCACCGCGUGUCUUUGGCUUCAUGGAACUUUGCCUCUGAGUUUAUCCAUCAGCUCAAAUUCAUUUGGAGCAAGCUUAGAAUCUAAAAAAUUUGGAAACUCUUCCUCACAAAGCUUAUCACAUUCACAGCUGGAGUAGCAUAAUCCAUGAGCUCCAAGGACGUGCGCGUUUUUACGUCAGACACAAUAAGCUUUACAACUCCUUCAUCGAAUUUCUUCUUCUGCAAGUUUCUUUCUCGCUGAUGUCUUAUCUUCCAAAUCAAUUAAAAGCUCGUGCCCAUGCCUAGUUCAAUGGUUCGGUUUUAAGCUGAACCAAAAAAAACAAAAUGUUUUAACUAAAUUAGUUAAGUAUCAAUACAAUACUAAAAGUUGAAUAAGAGCUCUUCUCAUGCUGUCCACGUCCUCACUAAUAAUCAACCAAUCAAAUAUCAUUUUUCUGCCACAUCACCAAUCAGCUUUCUCAAAAUAAAUCCCGUCUCUUUCGAUUGUCGUCUCAUCUUUUCUCCUCAAGCAAAAACGUUUUUCAGAUGAUUGUCUUCUCAACUCCCAUACUUUCCUCCAUCACUCAUAAUUAUCUAUUGAUCCAACCCAUAGAAUCUCUAACAAUAGAUUAAUUCGUCUGUUUGAUUCAAUUUCAUCACCAUCCACAACCGAGACGACGACGAGGACGAGCAGGAAACUCGAGACUUGGUACCGGAAUCGUCAGAUCUAGCUCUGAACAGACAGGAGAAUCUGUUCCACCAGUGAAACUGUUCUCAGCGAGGUUAAGCCUCACGAGGUUAGUGAGACUGAACAAGCUCUCGGGUAUUUGCCGGAGAAUCUGUUUCCUUGCAGGUAGAGGUGACGGAGAUCGGAGGAGGUGGUUAGAUCGAGAGGGAGAGAGCCGGCGAGGGUGUUGAGACGGAGGUCCACGUCUCUGAAAGAUAUACUUUUUGGUCCACUCACUCCGGCAGAAAACUGAUUGCGCCACUUCGUCUUCAUCGUUUCCAUUGGAAACGUUUCCAACCUCGCAAUUUCUCUAAGUAACAUCGGCUUACAAUCAUUCUUUGUCAUUAAAAUCUCUUCUUUACUCCUUCAGUCGGAAGAGCUAUCGUUCUAAUUCCCUUUGUUUGUCACAAUAUAUAAACCUAUCCAUUCUAUUACUCUGUCCUUUCCGCAUAGCUGAAUCGUUUAUUUCUACAAUCUUUGUUUCUUUCUUUGUUCGCUUUGUGGGUUCUUCUUCAGAUGAUCUGAAAUCUGAAAAGUUUCAAGAUUUGCGAUGAAAUCAUCUGAUAGGCUUUAUUUGGUUGCGUUUCAGCUCACUCACACUCGAACCUGGUGUGAUUUAUUUGUAACACCUCUCAUGGAAAGACUGAGAAGAUAGCUACAUGGUUGUUUGAUCCUCUUCUUGCUUACUUGAAGACAUCACCAGAUCAAGUUGUUAAAGCUGGCUACUCGAUUAUUCUCAUGCCUGAUGAAUGUGACAGUGCAGCUUGGUUCACGAAUCUAACUGGUAGGUUUGUUCGAUUAGUGAGAAACCUGGAUGUCCUAGAACGUGUUUACACUAUUGAAACUCAGAUAAUGCAGAUUAUGGACGCAAUUGGUAUCCAAAAUCGUGUGGUGGUAGUAAAUGUUCUUGCUCAAUAAAGGGAAAAUGAAGUUGUGAGUGUUGUAAAAACAUUUCUGGUGGUAUAUUCAAGGUAUGGCGGUGCUUGGAAACAUACCAGGCCAGGAACAAUUUCUUUAGUCAUAAUAGCAAAAGAUUUGAUGAAGAAUUUUGGCUAAUCCUCAAUUCUUCAAUUGAUUCCGCCACUGUCAUACGUCCACAAUCUCUUCGUCUGGUACCGGCAAAAGUUAGGCUGCUUGGUGAGGAUAAAAAUGGUGUCGCAUAUUAUAUGUUCUAAUUUUGUAAAUACCAGAAACUGAUGGAGGUUUUACAUGAAAAUCUGCUAACGAUGUCUCUCAUCGCUUUAGACUUUAGCUACUUGCCCGAUGUGAAAGUUCCUGGUAAAAGAGCCCCAUUGUUCUCAACAAAGGAGGAGAUGACAAGUUAGAUGGAGAUGCUGCUGUGAACAAGUUUUCCAGCGAUAUAUACUAGAGAAGUUGCGUUGGAGGAUGAAAUCACAGACCAAGAGCAGAAAAAAGAUACUCCCCACAAGCGGCCUUCACUUUGAAUCUUAUUCUAAAUUGUAAAAGAAUCAAUGAAAGAGUUUGAACCUACAGUUGAAACCAGACCUUGAUCUGCUUAGGCUCCAUAUUUAGACAAAAUGGAACAUUCGAGAUCAAUUAAUUUUUGUGGCUAGAGCGCCUGUGAUUGCUCUGCCCUGAACUUAACGUACUUUUCCAGUAUUUUCCUGCUUCAAGUUUGAGUAAAAUUCUAAAUAGUUUCAUUUUUUUUGCCCAGACGCAGAGAUUUGUGGUUUCUCUAGCUUUCAUAGCUGAUAUCAGAGCUUUAGAGUAUGCAUGCUUAGGAGACAUGUGCCGAUUUAUGGUGCCGUGAAACAUAACUAUAUCGUUUAGUUCUUCGAACAUGAGAUAGUUUUGAAGUGGAGAACCUCCGAAAAUGGAAAUGUACAUCGAUGCAUAUUUCAGUCUUCAAUUCUGAUGAAAUCAUAAAAAGGGCAGCUUUUUCGACAAAGUUAGAUUUUAUUAACUUGAAAGUUGAGUAUCACUAUACAAACUUGGAGUAAGCUACUUAGGUGGGUAUUUCUAAUCAUUAUAGAAAGCUCUGUUGGGAAGACCCUUUUUGGUACAUUAUUCUAAUUACGCCUAACAAAUGAAUACGAAGAGAAAGUAAACUUUGAAUUCUAGAACUCCAAAUCACGUAGGAUGUUAAUAAGUGAAAAAUCAGUAGAUAUUUUCUUUUAAAUUUUAAGUAUAUAAAAGCCUCUGCGGCAUCAAUGUAAACUUCUUCAAGAUGAUGUAUGAAGAUAGCAAAAGAUGAAUGUGAC